AGAUCAAUGAAGACAAGUAUGGCGUUACUGUUUUCAAGAUCCAGCAUCGGAAAACUGUGAAUUUUCUCUUUAGAAUUUUUUGGUUACUGUGAUAAUAUAUACUAUCUUCUUCCAUUGGUUCUCACUUCAAUACCACAAUCACAAUCUCUUCAUUUAAUUUUUAGGAAAUGUGUUAUUAUUACAGAGUCCCCUUUAUUCCCUACUUUGCUUCAGCCCUGCUGUCUCCAAUAUCAUCUUCUCUGUCCAUUGCCACUUUCUCUAUUAAAUCCCGGAAAAGGUUUUUCAAGAUUUUCAUUUCUAAGUCUUCCUCUUUAACACUGAUUCUCCAUUUCCCGGUUUUUUAGUUCAAUCUUUUCCGUUUCAUACAGAUACUUUUGUAUUACCACCGACCCAAACCUCUAACUUUUAACAUCUCUACCAAACACUUGUCACUCUACCUCUUUAAUUGCUACCAUUUUUUUAAUAGCUCUCAGUGAUUUCCAGCACUAUAAAACGUGGACCAUACCAGCCACUGUUCAUUCCAACCUGUUCCUCUAUUCUGUUUUCAUUUCAGUUUUCUAGUGCUUUGUGUUUUGCUGGAAAAUGGUUGCAGUUCCGUCUCUGUUUUCCUUGAGGCACUUGCUGGUGCUGUCUCUGGCCCUGAAUCUUAGUCUUAUCCUUAGAGCUCUAUAUCACCAGAGGGGAGAAGACAACAAGUGGUGGUUUUGUUUCAAGAAGAAAAUGAUGGAAGAUGCAGACUCAUGUUUUACUACCUCUUCAACCUCGUCUCUCCAUAAUUCUACUCGUGAAAAAGUUAUCGACUUGGAUCAAAUGUUGAUGAUAUGCAGUGGUGACCCAAUAAUGUAUGAAAGAUUCUGGCGACAAAUGGGUGACAAGACUACAAUCACAAUUCCAGGAUGGCAAUCAAUGAGUUAUUUAUCUGAUGGUUCAAACAUUUGCUGGUUUUUGGAGGCUGAGUUUGCAACGGAAGUGGUGAGGUUGCACAAAGUGGUGGGCAAUGCUGUGACAGAAGGUCGCCAUAUUGUUGUUGGGACAGGAUCCUCUCAGCUAAUUCUGGCUGCCCUUUAUGCUCUGUCCUCGCCUGAUGCUGCUCAACCAAUCAGUGUUGUAUCUGCCGUGCCCUAUUAUUCGUCGUACCCAUCAAUGGCAGAUUACCAGAAAUCAGGCCUUUACCAAUGGGCUGGUGAUGCAGAGAAUUUUGACAAAGAAGGUCCUUACAUUGAGCUGGUCACUUCUCCCAAUAACCCUGAUGGAUAUAGAAGGAAAUCAAUGGUGAACCGAAGCCAAGGACUAUUGAUUCAUGACCUUGCCUAUUAUUGGCCUCAAUACACUCCAAUAUCAUCCCCUUCAGAUCAUGAUCUCACGCUUUUUACUGCCUCAAAAACCACUGGUCAUGCUGGAAUGCGCAUAGGGUGGGCUCUUGUGAAAGAUAAAGAGGUAGCGAAGAAAAUGACUAAAUUCAUAGAGCUGAAUACAAUUGGUGUGUCGAAGGAUUCUCAACUCAGAGCUGCGAAGGUUUUAAAGGCUGUCUCUGAGAGCUGUGAAGAAGAAAACCACAAAAACGUAGAAUCAUUUUUCAAGUACAGCUACAACCUCAUGGCACAAAGGUGGAAGCAACUGAGGGAAGUAGUUGAUGCCGGUGAUAUGUUCACAAUCCCCCAAUUUUCUCCAGCAUUCUGCACCUUCUUUGGUAAGGAGACGGAGCCUCAGCCAGCUUUCGUGUGGUUGAAGUGCGAGGGAGAUGUUGAAGACUGCGAGACCUUCCUUAGAGGACACAAAAUUAUAACCAGAAGUGGGACACAGUUUGGGGCUAGCCCAAAAUAUGUAAGAAUUAGCAUGUUGGAUACAGAUGAAACUUUUAUACAGUUUAUAGAGAGGCUAUCGGCCAUACAGGAGCUAGAAUGAAAAUUUACCCCUUGUGUAUAUUAUGUACAUAUAUAUGCACAACAAAUAAAAGGUGAUAGUUCAUAUGUAAUAUUCGCAGUGCAAUUUUGCCAGCAUA